CGUGAAUCUACCCGGUGUGCCAGGCAUACCAUGUCCGCCACGCCUGCAGCUCCAAGGGCAAUGUCACAGUCCGUCACAGCUAGACGGAAGAUGAGAAAGGGGACGCAUAGCUGUAGUGAAUGUCGAAGGAGAAAAAUAAAAUGCAAAUUUCAACCUGGAAUUGCAUCUCCUUGUAUCCCAUGUGCUGCCCGUGGGUCUCGUUGUCUCGAUCAGCGAGAUGUGGCUCCAGUGAACGAGAGCAAUAUUAAUACCGAAAGUAUAAGCUUGCGAGAAAGGGUCGCUGUUCUCGAAACGAUGGCGAGACAUCAUGCUCUAACGCAUGAGCCAGCCCUAAGCCAUGAAGGGCUUGAUCUUGAAGACGAGCCAGUCGAGGCAGAUGAAAGGGCGCCCUUUGUGUCCAUGCUUAACAAAGCCGAGGGAUCAAUGGAGAGUCAUCUUCAAAUAACCCGGCCUGUUCAGGAAAUUAUAUCUCACAAAAGUCCGCCAAUCUACACGCAAAGCUCAGGUGACGCGUGCUUGAAACUUCGCUCGGUUCUACCAGAAUAUGAUCUCUUAAUUUCUACCUUGUCUAAGAAUGGGGCCUGGUGGAGCAGUUUCCGUCACAAGACUGAGGUCAUUUGCCAGGGAUCUUACGAGGGCCUGAUCGCAUUUGCUGCGCGUGCCUACACGAGCAGUGACCCUGCCGAACUUGGCAUGCUUGUUGCUGCCUAUGCACGGAGCACGGGGCAUCACCAUCACCUAUACGGGGUCGUUGAUAGACUUGCCAUCCCCAAUUCUGACCACUCUUACUCUGCAGAGGCAAUGGAGCUUCUCCUGUUGUUGGCUAAAGCCUACAGUGAUAUUGGGCAACCCCGGCAGUCUUGGCUUAUGUAUCGGAAAGGUCUUGCUAUUUCAGAAGUCAUGGGCUUGUAUAGACGGGAAAUGGUUUCUCCUCGUCUGAAGAGUAUCUGGUGGGCUUUUUACCACGGAGAUCGCUUUUCAAGUCUUCUUCUAGGCCUUCCAUAUGGAUUCAACGACGCUCAUCUUGGUCCAACCGUUGAACCUUACAAUGUGCCUACAUACCCAGAGCAGCGGUUCGUUCUGCGGUGUGCUUCCAUUGCAGGAAAGAUCAUUGACCGGAAUAUGAUGCCCGGGAAGCCAUCUUCUGCAAGUUCAAUGCUUCUUGACGAACAAAUGGAUACUAUCGCUUCCUCUAUGCACGUGAGCUGGUGGGACCUACCCGACUCACUUCCAAACUCCCAUGCCGAAACGGAUGAGCUGAGAAACCAUUUACUAUUGCAUUUCUACUUCUUUCAUGUCCGAAUCAACCUACAUCUGCCAUUCAUCGCCGGCUCAGAGUUGACAUCUCCUCGAGGCUCUCACAGACUGGCAUGUUUGGAAGCUUCUCGGCAACUACUUAAACGUUUUACCCUUUUGCGUACUCAAAUCCAGGGUUUUAGUAUCUUUGACUGUAAAACAAGCGACUUUGUCGGAUUCAUGGCUUCUGUGUCUCUAAUCCUAUGUCUGUCGCAACCAAGGUCAAACGAGAUCAUCGUUCCGGUUCCAGACGAGGAUCAGAACCUGAUUGCACAAGUUAAAUGCAUAUUUGAAAGAGAAGAGAAGGCGGGAUGUAAGAUUGCUUGUCAAUGUCGAAGGAUGCUUGACAUAUUAUCGGGUAUUCCCCUUCACAGUGACGAAAGCUCAUCUAGCAAACUACCAAAUAAAAUUGCAAUCCCCCACUUUGGAUAUAUCCGGCGGGAUUUAGUACAACAGGCUGGAUUUCAAGUCACAACAGGGGUCCCAGUGGCAUGCCCGGAUGAGCAAAUUAUGACAGCAGUUCCAACCAUCUCAAGCGAUGGUCUGGGUGGGCUAGGAACUGGGUCUGGAAGUAACAGUUGGCCAGAAACAUUGGAUACUGGAAUGUGUUGGGAGUUUGGUGGACUUGAAAAUUUUCAAGUUGAUGAUCUGUCAUCGUGGCUUGAUACUGCGAUGCUGGAUGUGAAUCUAGAAUGGGACAUGCCGUCAGGUGGAUUCUUUCCUAACAACCCGUUUCUGUAGGGAUAUAGG